GUUGGCAUUAAUGCUGUACGCAUAUUGACUGUCGAGUACGACUUUCCUCUUAGUUAUUCUAACUCGAGGCUGUAAACAAUAUGGCGAUCAUAUUGGUAUGUCGGUAGAGAUGACAGUAGAAAAGGGGUUUGAAUUUGCCCUUCCAGCAACCCAACCAAACGUAGAUUGAUAAAAUAUUCUAGAACAUAGAAAUAAAAUAAUGUCUAGGAGUGUGGCAUGGAGGAAGACUUGCAAUGAAUUGGUAUUCUGGAGACAAUGUCAGGCACUCAAUGCAACCAUCUACAUCUUAAGAGAAACAGGCCCUACUGGAUUCUUGUUAAAGGAAGAGGGAGAAACAAAACCAGUUAAGGCAUACUUGGGAGAUCCCCACAAAUGCACUUGUACUCAAUUUCAGAAGGAUAGAGAUUUAUGCAGACAUUUGUGCUGGCUUAUCUUAAAGAAAUUUAGAGUGACUCAGAAUAAUCCAAUAUCAUGGCAACUGGGCCUUGUAGACCGAGAGCUGAAUGAGGUUUUACAUGGACAUGCCAAUAAACAGCCUCCUAAACCACCAGUAAGACGUUGGUCCACAUCUGGAUCCUCUGCUGCCACAGCCACCGAUAGCCGACCUACCAUUAGACAGAAAGACAUCACGGAUGAUGAUUGUUGUCCAAUCUGUCAAGAUGAACUUCUCAAUAAACAUAUUCCUGUAACAUACUGCAAGUUUGGAUGUGGAAACAGUAUCCAUAUAAAAUGUAUGAAGGUAUAUGCAGAACAUCAGAAAACCACUGGAGAUUCUAUAAUUAAGUGUCCAUUUUGUCGUGAAGAUUUUGGUCCAUUAGAAUUACUGAAGCAAGAAGGUCGUAACGCCGGCAUGGGAGUCCAACAAGGUGGUCGCAUGGACAGACAUCUUGGUACUAGUUGUCAAAGUUGUCGUGCAUCACCAAUAGAAGGAAAAUGUUACAGAUGUAGUAUAUGUACGGAAUACAAUCUGUGUCAGACAUGCUUCAAUACACAGAUACAUACACAACAUCCAUUUGAUUAUAGACAUAAAAGAAAUCAAAGAUGGAGACCAGCGCAGAGAACGUAUGGAGCCAUGCUACCACAGGCAGUAGCAGACCAGCUAGUCAAUAGGGAUAUCACAGAAGAAGAUUUUGAAUUACUGAUGCAACUUGAAAAUAACAAUAUAGGUAGUGACAUUCCUGAAGAAGUAAUAAAUUCCUUUCCUUUGGAGAAAGUGAGAGAUAGUUCUAACUUACUACAGCCUGGGAUGCAAUGUAGAAUUUGUCUUCGUGGUUAUGAAGUAGGACAGUUUAUAAGAAAGUUGCCUAGAUGCAAGCACAAGUUUCACAAGGAUUGUAUAGACAACUGGUUGUUACAUUCACAUGCUACUUGUCCUGCUGAUGGUCAGGUGGUUUGGGAUCCAGUCACUGCUCAAGCCGAAGCUGAAGAUAGAAAGACGAAAUCACUAAGGACUAAGAAAGAGGAAGAAGGGGCCAGCAAUCACGAAGAUCUAUCAUUAAUACUGCCAGGAGUUGGUAUCAUUCGUCAGGACAGAAAAAAUGAACCCAAAGCAGAUAGCUCCAAAGGUGCUCGUAGACCAAUGGUCAAACCUCAAAGACUUUCUGACGGUAGUAAUUCUGCUGAUGUAAACAGCCAAAUAAGGGCUAAUUUUACAUUAGAUGGGCGUUCUGUUGGACCCAGAACAAAUGAAAAUGAACCAGAAGCAACAUCUAGUAGUCAUCUCCCAGGCAACCGGUUAUUGAACCGUACACAAUCACAGAGACAGAUUUUACAAAAUCAUGUGUCCAGUUUUGGUAGCCAGCCAGGAUCUUAUCAUUCAGAUUCCAGAUCACAGUCACAGAGAAGUUUACAGGGAUUACGCAUCACUCCUAGAAAUAGUGCUAUGACAGACACUACAAGUGAGCGUAGGAAUAUAUCAGCACAGUCAGAAAUUGUUAGAAGACCAUCUAAAACCAGACGACCAGAUGAAAAUGGCCGAUGGUCACAGGCUGAGAGUGAGAUAUCUACACCAGGAUCUAUGGGUGGUAUUCAGAGUGAACCACUUCACCACAGUGAAGCAUUGUCAGACAGGCUACAGGAAGUUCAGUCUACUAAAAAAGAUGAGCUUUUGGAUUUGUACCUGGGCAACGAUCCCAGAGACCAGCCAGCAGUGAACAGAGUGGUCAACUUACCACCACGUCCAAUGAGGCGGGCACUAGGAGGAAGCAAUCGUCGUCGGCAGAACGUCAGACGCGUACGCAGCAAUGAAUUCAGCUUAGAUGGCAGUGCUCUUGCUAACAUUACUUUAAGAGAUAUGAUAUAGACAUUUAAAGCAAUGAAGACAGAUUUGGAGGGAGAGCCUUCAUUAAAGCAGUUAAACGACAAUCUUAAUAAGUGCUCAUAUAACAAGUUGUUAUGCAUAUAAACUAAUAUUUGCUAAAACUGAUCAUAUUUGUUAAAUCUUUUUUUUGGAAAAUGAAAUACCUGUUUGGGUAAACAUCAGUACUUCAUUCAGCUGUAUGCAUUUAAUUUUCAUAUUGAGGUUUUAAAAAUAACAUUAUCACACUAAAAGUUAAUUCAGAUACUUUAAAAUUGAACUUGUUAUCAUUUCUAGAUGUAUACUCUUUUCAAUUUUGUUGAAAUUAAUUGCUAUUGAUUCGAAAUAAUUAUACAUAUAUUAUCUCAAUAGCUUAAAUGUUGACACUUAAAUAAGACAGUAUUGAUUUUAUAUCUCAUACUGAUAAUAAAUGAGCUGUUAUGUUCAUGAGUGAAAUAAAUGAAAAAAACAUUGUAAAGUAAAAAAAUCGGCAUUUGACAGAUUGUGAUAAUGCUGAUUACAAAUUUUUAUAUCUUUUGUGUCUGACAAUAGUCCAAACAGAGAAUGUACUUGGGAAAAAUACAAUAGGAAGUGUAAAUUUUGAUACAUCAGUGAUCCAGUUUAAGGUGGGAUAUAACACUGCAGGGAGAUAACUCUGUGAAAUCAGUCGCUGGGUUUUAAUCACAUUCUAUUGUUGAGGAAAUAUUAAGCGUCUCAUUAAUAAAAAAAAGUUUUCUUCAAAGUAAAUAUUUGUCAAAAUUUAAUGAAAAUUAAAUCAGCCGUAUUAAUUUUAGUCUAGGUUUUUGGUACCACAUUAAAAUUAUUAGAUAAACAAACAAGAAUUUUCAAAUAUUGCGUUUAAACUAUAUUUUGGUUUUGUGGAUUAUAUGUACAUGUAAACCAGAUAUUGUAACUCAAUAGUUAUUUUCUAUCCUGCAAUGUAUGUCAUCAGCAACAACAUCAGUUGUUAAAUUUCGAAUAAGGUGUCACUACAAAUGUAGGUAGACAUGUCCAUGUGUUUUACUUUUUCUGCAGAAUUGUUAAAUGAUUGAUGGUUAUUUUUGUUAUUUGUCCAAAUUAACGUUACAUCAUUAAAACCUGCUGGAAGAGAACUUAUCAAGGAGAAGAAAGUUUGAAAAAGCCAAUGAAACCAAACCACUGUAAUUCAAAAUUAGAUAUGAUGGUAUAAACAUUACAUGGCACAGUUUAAACCAGAGAGAAAAAUAACAAUAAAGACCAAGUUUUAUAAAUGCUUCAGAAAGACUAAAUGUUUUUGUGUAUGCUUUUGAAUGAAUACCUAUUUUAUUUUAAUUUGUGACUGCUCUUCUCCUGGCAGCUUCCUUAAAAUGAAAUAUAUUAGCUUGUGUUUUAAAUUCAGUCAAUGCUUGUUUAGUUUAAACUGGACAUUUUUUUAUGAUCUAACAUUUAGGAUACUUUUAUUGACUAACAUAUGUUAGCUUUAUGAAAAAUCUGAUACAAAAUUGAUAAUUAAAAGGAAAUUUGAUUUUGUACUCACAUGAAUAGCAGUGUGAAAGUUGGAUUUACUAAUGUAAGAGUCAAGAUUUGAGUGAUAGGAAUAAGAUAGAUUUAAAGCUUAUGGUUGAUUUGAAAGGAUGCAAUAUUGUUUUAAAAGCAACUCUACUACUUUGUAAAGAAAAUGCAUGUUUACUUUCAUUUGUCUAUUUAUUUGUUUAAUUGAUUUGUUACUUUUCAUGUAUGUGUGCAAUGCUUAUUUUUACUUUGUUCUUUUUUUUAUGCUCCACUUAGGGGUAUUAUGAUAUCUGGUCUGUGUGUCUGUUUGUCAGUUCAUCAGUCAGUAUGUUUGUCAGUCUGUCUGUCUUUCCAACCUUAGAUUUUGGUCAAGGUAGUUUUUGAUGAAGUUGAAGUCCAAUCAACUGGAAACUUUGUACACAUGUUUUCUAUGAUGUGACCUUUCUAAUUUUUAAUGCUAAAUUAGAGUUUUGACCCCAAUUUCACAGUCCAAUGAACAUAGGAAAUGAUAGUGUGAGUAUGGCAUCUGUGUACUAUGAACACAUUAUUGUUUCAAAUGCUAUCCAUCAUAUUAUUAACUUACAUGACCCAUAGGGCUAUGUAAACCUUUUCUGUCUCAUAGCCUUGUAGCUGUUCAUAGAAUUUUCACAGCAUCAUCUCUUCUGAAGUACUUAGAAAAACUAAUGCAUUUGGUUGGCAAAUACUGUAGCAUUAAAUCAUAUUAAAUUUAUUGAAAACUCAUUUGAUUUUUGCCUCUAAAAUUGCUGGAAAUUUUGUUUCACUAUGUAUGGUAGGUCUCCUACAAAAAAUCCUUAUUUAUAUCAGAUUGGAUAAAAAAAGAUAGCUGCCAAAGGCAAUCUUUGAUUCUAAUGAAGCACGUAAAAAGUCUUCCCUGAACAGACAUUUUGUGUUUUAAAACUUGAGUAUUGUUUUUUUUGUAAAACAUCAUUAAAAAUCUAUAAGGUGUGAUCUAAACUACUGAUUUAAAAACUAAUGACAAUUUCUUUUAUUUUGUUGUCUAAAUUAUUUUACUAAAUUUGGGCCAGGAAAAUUGAAUUAAAACAUGUCUUCCAACAAUAUUCAUUUGGUUCAAUUUUGAAAAAAAUCUGUCAAUUGAAUGUCUUGCGAACAAAUUUUAUUUUACAUUUUGAUACAUAUUUUAAAAUCAAGAGACUAUAAAGUUGCCUUAUUACACCGUUUCCUUACAAAUACAUAAACUAUUGAACAAAAGACCAAAUAAAAAAAUGUCUUUUAUUUUUGUUAUAUUAUAAUAAACCAGAUGUUGUUUUAGUAGUAUUUGUUACACACUUUUUCAAUUUGUUGCCUUUAUUAAAUGUCUGUGAUACCAUUUUAUUUCAGCACAGUAUUAAUCAUUAAGUAUUAUGUACAUAACACUAUUAGCAGAUGUUAUGGGUGAUAUAAUUUUGAAAAUUUAUAAUUCAUUUAUUCUAUUUUUCUAUAUCAUUUUAAAUAAACUGUUGGAAUGGA